AUGCCCACCGUCGAUCAAACCGAACUCGUCAGCAGCUUGAGUGACCUCUUUGACUCUUCAAAGUACUUGGACCUCACAAUCCAUUGCGGAUUAGGCGUCUACACGGUCCAUCGCGCUGUCAUCUGUCAACGCUCCGAUUUUUCUGCUGCAGCAUGUGAUUCAGUAUUUAAGGAGCCAAUGACUGUAACAAUCACUGUAGACGAUGACGACCAGUCCACGGUUCGACGCAUGCUGACCUACCUCUACACCCUCGAUCAUGACGACGCAGAUGAUCCCUGA